CGCGUUAACAUUGAAAAAUAUCGAAAAUUCGCUGCAAUAACAUAAAUUUCUUCUCUAGACAAGGUUAUUGUGUGUGUUUGGGGAAAAUAUAUAUUUCGAUCUUAAAAAUAUAAAAUAAAUAGAUAAAAGUAUCAAAAUGUCGGCCACGGAUCAAAUGAGGGCAAUGCUUGAUCAGUUAAUGGGCACAACUCGCAAUGGAGAUGAUGGACGCGGUCUUAAAUUUUCUGACGCCCGUGUGUGUAAAAGUUUUUUGCUAGAUUGUUGUCCCCACGAUAUUCUUGCUUCAACUCGCAUGGAUCUUGGAGAGUGCCCAAAAGUUCAUGAUUUGGCAUUUAGAGCUGAUUAUGAAAGCGCAGCCAAAUCACAUGACUUUUACUAUGACAUAGAGGCGAUGGAGCAUUUACAGGCUUUUAUUGCCGAUUGCGACCGUCGCACAGAAUCUGCUAAACAGCGACUUAAGGAAACACAAGAGGAAUUAACUGCUGAGGUGGCCGAAAAAGCAAAUGCAGUACAUGCAUUAGCUGAAGAAAUCGGAAAAAAACUGGCUAAAGCCGAAGCGCUUGGGGAAGCUGGAGAAGUGGAAGAAAGUAUGUCUUUGAUGAAGGAAAUAGAUGAAUUGCGAACUAAAAAAAUUAAAGCAGAACACGAGUAUCGUACAUCAAUGCCUGCAUCAACGUAUCAACAGCAAAAGUUGCGUGUAUGUGAGGUUUGUUCUGCCUACUUAGGUAUUCAUGAUAAUGAUAUUCGACUAGCUGACCACUUCGGUGGUAAGUUGCAUUUGGGAUUCCUCACUAUUCGUGAAAAGUUGGUUGAAUUGGAAAAAACUGCAGGUCCACGUAAAGCAGAGCUUAAACGAAGCGGAAAAAUUAAUGAACGCAGUGAUGAUAGACAAAGAUCGCGAUAUUUUGUAGGUGGUCGUGAAUUAGAUCGACGUUCCCGUGUACAUAGGUCUAGAUCUAGAGACCGAGCACGCCGUAAUGAACGGGGAGGCGGAGCAAGUAGUUCUGAUAAUAGAUCCGAGAGACGAUCAGAAAAGGACAAAGAAAGGGAAAGGGAUCGUGACCGACGAGUAAAUGCUGCUUCUCCUGUGAGGGAAGAAAGAAAACGGUCAAGAUCACGAUCCCGUGCACAUAACUACAGUUCUAGACGGAGGUCACAUUCACGUGAACGUCAUCGUCGUUAAAAACAGAUUUUGUUGAAAACGGAAAUGCAACUGUAUCCUACAACAUCAUCAUAUGAUUUAAAUGUGUACAUGACGAUUCCGGUAGCACAAAAAUAUCAUAAACCACCAUUGUUCAGAUUUUGGUAUGUAAAAACUUAUUGCUUAUAAAUUAAAUAUAAGUACGAAAAUAGUAAACUUAUCUAGGUAAACUAAUGACUGACCAGAACAGUAAGCUGAGUGGACUAUUUCAGACCCAGGUGUCACGAAAGAGCGUGUAAGAGCGUGGUCUUAUGAUUUCAGUACUUAUGGUUCACAAAUUCACAUUCUAGUUAAAAUGAUUUGUCUUGGUACAUAUUUUACUGAUGCAUUGUCACCGGCUACCUAAUUGAACUUAAACCAAAUUCAACAUAGUAUCCUCUUUCCUGGGAAUUUGGCCCCCAUCUAUGAAAUAUUAAUAUGGUUGGGAAAUGAAAUACCUGUCUUAUUGCGUAUAGAGUUUUUAACAACCUGUGGAUAAGAAAAUUCUAAUAAAUGUUACAAUUCAAUUGGCCCUGGUAUGUAUUUAAGUAUGUAU